AUACUAGUUUGUAACGGUCUCUACUCAUCCAUUGUAUUAAAGGUAACAAUAAGGGGAACACUAAUAUGGAAGUAUUCGGAUGUGGGUAUGCUAGAAGACCUUCUAUAGCUGAAGGAAAAGAAGCUGUAAGACAAAGAAAGUUCUCUGUACGAUCGAAAGGGUCUACGGAUGAAAAUGAUGAAAAUGAUGAUGGAUAUAAAGGCGAAAUCAAUCCAGUUUUCAUGUUACGGAAUGGGUCUAUAUCAUCGACGAUCCCCAUUGAGUUGCCUUCUAAACGAACAUCUGUCUCGUCCUCGCGGGCAUCAGAUGCUGGAUUGUAUCUCUCAAAGCUUAAAGAAGUUGAAGAAGAAAAAGACCCAGAAAAGGAUGUAGAAAUAAUUGAUGAGUCUUGGAAACUGGUGUACAAAGUCAGUGAUAGUCCUCCGAUUUUACUAACUGUAUUUUUUGCUGUGCAGCAAAUUUUAAUGUCCCUUCCUGGUUGCGUUAUAACAGCAGUACUGGUAGCUAGUUCGGUCUGUGGCAAAGAGGAUGAAGUUUUGAAGGCCAAACUUUUGGCUACCACCAUUUUCUUAUCCGGAUUGACAACUUUCCUACAAGUAACGUUUGGGGUGAGAUUACCUGUUUUCCAAGGUCCCACUCCAGCAUAUGUUAUACCCAUUUUAGCACUUGCAUCACUACCUGAGUGGGCGUGUCCAACAAAUGCUGUAGGCAAUAAUAGCACAGAGAGGUUGUUUACAAUGGGGAAUGAGACCUUUAACAUUGAAAGGUUACGCUCAGAUUACAUAUACCCAAGAUUACAAACGCUUCAAGGAAGUCUAGUAUUUGCAGGGCUGUUUCAUUGUUUAAUAGGAUUGACGGGACUGGUCGGAUUAAUGGUAAAAUUUAUAGGUCCAAUAACAGUUAUUCCAACAUUACUUCUUAUUGGAAUAGAAUUCUACUCAGUUGUCACAAAUCUCUGCGACGCACAUUGGGGCAUAUCAGCCAUAACGGCAUCUGUGGCUAUCAUACUAGCAGUUUAUCUAGCAGGAUGGGCCAUGCCAUUACCAGUAUGGACUAGAUCACAAGGUUGUCACAUCAUAAGAUUCCCUUUACAACAAGUAUUAGCUAUUCUUCUAUCAAUGAUGAUUGGUUGGUCGGUAUCUGCAAUCAUGACUAGUACAAAUUCUAUUUCGGAUGAUCCAAACAGUGAACAGUAUAAAGCAAGAGCAGACUAUGGUAUUCGUACCAUCAAUAAAACGCCAUGGUUCUAUGUCCCAUAUCCAGGUCAAUUUGGAGCAAUUGGUUUUGAUGGUGGUGUGUUUGUGGCUUUUGUUACUGCUACACUGACUUCAAUCAUAGACUCGAUAGCCGAUUACUACGCAUGUGCAAAAAUGUCCCAUCUUCCUCCACCACCACUCCAUGCAAUGAACCGUGGAAUAGCGUUUGAGGGAUUCAUGAGUAUGAUAGCUGGAUUCUUUGGAGCAGGACAUGCUACAACAACAUAUGGUGGAAAUAUUGGUACAAUUGGAAUGACAAAGGUCGCAAGUAGAAGAGUUUAUCAAGUUUUCGCCAUUAUCUUGAUAGUGUUUUCUGUGUUGGGAAAAUUUACUGCUGUAUUUGUAACAAUACCUGACCCUGUCAUUGGAGGCGUAUCUGUUGUUGGAUUUGGAACAUUUCUUGGUCUGGUUUUGUCAAACCUCCAGUAUAUAGACUUAAAUUCAUCUAGAAAUUUAGCCGUCAUUGGAAUAUCCUUGCUCAUUGGAUUAAUGGUUCCACAUUGGGUAAAACAAAAUCCAGAGUCACUGUCAACAGGCACACCAGACCUUGAUAGCUUACUACGAACUAUUUUAUCAAAUCCAAUGAUGGGUGGAUUUGUGGCUUUCUUCUUAGACAAUACAAUUUCAGGGUCUAAAUUAGAGCGUGGUUUAGCAGAGUGGGAUACCUCUAAUCAGGAUGUAGAAGAAAUCUCUGAUUGUGAUUAUGAAGAAGAUGUGACAGUUUAUGAAAUACUUUUCAUUUCAAAAUUACUGAAAAAUGUAUCAUGGUUGAAAUAUAUUCCAAUACUACCUAACUUUGAUCCAAAUGUUUAUAAAUGUAGUUGUAACUGUUCAUGUUGUGGACGUUGUAAAAAGGAAAAAUUGUAAAUGUGUUUCAUUUCUUAUAAUCAUUUAAAAAAACAUUUUUUUUUUAAAGAUAGAAAAGGCAUAUAUAUAAAGAAAAAUAUCGACCUUUUUCUAUGAGGCUUAUAAACUGGAAAGAGGGGAGGUUCUUAAAGCACUACAACAUUAAGUACAGAAUUCGAUUUUUUUUAUAUUUUUCUGACAUUGACUGAAUAUUGUUUUUUUACUGCUGCUAAAAGUUACUACAAUCAUGUUUGAGUCAAAAUUGUGAAUAUGUUAACAAAACAUAAAACUCCUUUUCCUUUCAUAAACUGCCAACUCCAGAUAGUGAAGAAAAGUAACCUUUGCCACUGGACGAAAUAUCUUAUUUUAAAUUUAUUUGUUCUAUAAAGUAAUUAGGAAAUGUUUUAGCUAAUAUAAUAAGAUAAAUGAACAAUUUUAAUCCCACCUUUAGAGAGAUGCCAGUAUUUAAAAAGGCCUUGCUUAAUUGCAACCAUUUUGUUGGAUAGCUUUUUCAUGCAAUCAUAUCAGAUCACCUAUUUUUUAUUGAUAAAAAAUUAAUUUAGUUGACGGUCAUGACAAGUUGUAUAUGUUUUUCCUAUUGCAAUUUACUGAAUGUUAUAAUUGGCAAAUGAGAUACACUCAAACAGACGUUUCCGUUAGGAAAUAUACUAUUUUCUUAUAAUGUAGGAUUGAUAAUAACUGUAAAAAUUAAAGAAAAGGUUGCAUUUUAUUUUGUCCAGUUGAUAUAAAUUAGUUUUCAAAUCUUCAAAUACAUUUGGUAGUUUUUAAUGGCCAAGUAUGGUAAAUUCAAAUCAAUUGAAAUAUAUAUACAUCUGAGUAAUCUUAUUAAAACCAUGCUGAUAGUCUUUGCUGUCAACCAUUUUCAUGUUUUUAAACUACUCAGUAUUUUCUUAGAUAUUUGAAUGCAUUUUAUUUGUUUUGAGACAUGAAAGAUAUGCAGUCCUCAUGACAAUUAAAAAAAAAUCAUAAGUGAAAGAAGAGGGACCAAAGAUACCAAAGGGACAGUCAAACUCGCAAAUCUAAAACAAACUGACAACUAAAGUAUUGACAGUCAGGAGCAAAAGUACCUUGAUUGAACCACCAACCUUUGACAGAAAAACUGGCUACCCUAAAAAUAAAAGGAUUGGAGUCGAUAGAAACCUGCCAAUGAUGGGUUAAAACUCACAACUUCAAACACAGGCAAGUGAUCACUGCAGAUAAACUACUCAGACUAUCAAAACAAUUUUUAUCAAAAAUUAGUAGGGUUAUUGAUCCCAUCUGUCUUUUCCUUUCGACAGGUAAAAUAAAUUCUUAACCAUAUUGUGCUUUCUGAAAUCUAAUAUUAUUCUAUUGAGUGACAAAGGCUAACAUAAUUCAUACUUGAGAGUUGAAUAUUCACCUUAACCUACCAUGUUCAUUGCUUUAAUUAAUAAAUUGGGAAUUAGUUCAUGGGACAGAGAUGAUGCGUCCUCUUCAAUAAAACAUUAUAAAAAGUUAAGUCACAAAAAUAAACUCCGAAGUAAAUCCGAAACAGCAAGUCCCUAAUGAAAUGGCAAAAUCUAAAGCACAAACUCAUCAAACAAAUGGACAACAACUGUCAUAUUCCUGACUUGGUACUUAUGUAGAAAUGGUGGAUUAAACCUGGUUUUAUAGCGCUUAACCUCUCACUUGUAUGAAAGUUGCAUCAAAGUCCAUUAUAUUGACAACGAUGCAUGAAUAAAACAAACAGACAUAAUAGGUACAAAUGUCAAAAAAGGGGUACAGCAGUCAACACCAUGUCAUGAUCUUAAUCACAACAAAAACAAACAAAUAUUUAACAAAGAAGCACAUAUCACAAUUAACAACCCCGUUCAUUGCUUACUUAUUAUUGUAUUUCAUUUAAGUAUUCUAAAUUAACU